CAUGUAUCUGUGUUUAUUUUCUUUCUCAUAAACCUCUUUGGACUUUGGACUGAAAGAAAACAAUAAGAGCUAAGAUUGAAGAAAUGGGUUGGAAACCUCUCCUUACAAUAUUGACGAAAUCACUCAACGUCCUUGCCUGGCCUCCAUUUAGUUUGAUUUUUCCCUUGUACGCUUCUAUUCGGGCAAUGGAGAGUGAUUCCCGCUCCAGCAAUCAGCGAUGCCUUGCUUUUUGGGUUCUGUUUUCCUUGUCUAUGAUCAUGGAGCGGGAACUUGCAGUGGUAUUUAACUGGCUCCCAUGGUGGCCUCAUGUAAAAGCGAUAGCAACUAUCUUGCUGUUGAUACCUUAUUUUGGUGGUGCGUCAUGCAUCUAUAAAUUAUUAAUUAAGCACUAUUGUACUUGGAACAUAUGUACAAAGCCGUUGAACAUCUUCAAUCAGAAGAGCACACAUUUUGAACUGUAUGAGGAUAGCAAACUUGUUGAUGUCUCUGACCAUACAAUUAUUACAAGUCAAAUACAAGAGAAGUUCGAAGGAUAUCAGGGGAGAGAUCCUGUUGUUUGUGACAAGACAGAAAGCAGUUAUACAAGGCUAACUAGUAAAAAGCAAGUCCAGAAGGAAUGGAGCUGUGCUUUAUGUCAGAUUAGUACUACCAGUGAAAAUUGCUUAGGGACACAUCUUAUAGGGAAGAAACACAAGGCUAAGGAAAAUGAACUUAGAGUUGAGUUAUCCUCUGCACAGAAAAGAAUCAAAGGAAUGGUUCUUCUAAGGAGUCUCAACCAAAUUGCAAACAUCCUGAGUCCAGUUUCCAGUUCCAUAAGAUUGUGUGAAUGGACAAAGCCUGAGUUUGGAUGGACAAAAUUAAAUACUGAUGGUUCUAUACAUAGAGAAGCUGCUGGUUUUGGUGGGCUGCUUCGUGAUUGUAUGGGUGAACCAAUAUGUGCUUUUGUCUCUAAAGUUCCUCAAGGAGAUGUUUUCCUGGUUGAGCUGUGGGCCAUAUGGAGAGGCCUGGUUCUUUCCUUGGGUCUUGGGAUAAAAGCAAUAUGGGUGGAGUCAGAUUCCAUGAGUGUUGUGAAGACGAUAAAUAAAAAACAACCUUGUUGUCCAAAAGCUGAUAGCUGUUUGAAACAAAUCUGGAAACUCUUAAGUAAGUUUGAUAAAUAUCAGAUUUCUCACUCAUGGCGUGAAACUAAUAGAGCAGCAGAUCAUCUUGCAAAGAUGGUUCUUUGGGAAAAUGAUGUGGUUUUGUGGCCAGUUGAUUUUCCACAUAGCCUUUGGAAUAUCAUUAAAGACGAUGCCAAAGGGAAGAAAUAUCUUAGACGGUAAUAUGAGUCUUCAGGUGAGUUUCAGGUUGCCAUCUGAAUGUGGUUGGUGAAGAGGUAAGAAAAGAUAAGAAACAAAAUCAGAAAACCCUAGGUGGAAAUGUAUGCUAUAGCUUCCAUUUGGGGGUCAGUUGACUGACUCUUUUGGAGACACAACACAAUUCAAGAUGGAUGUAAAUAGUUGCUGCUUUUUGCUUUUAACCAACAAUUGACGCUAUUUACAUUGGAUAUCACAAACCUACACUUUUAUUGCUUAAUGAUAUUCUUGGGAUCCCACAUUAGUUGGAUAUAUGCCCAUGAUAUCUCUUAUAAUGACUCGGGCAAUUCUCCAACCUUGAGCUAGCUGCUUAGCUUUUGGGGUUGAGUUAGGCUCAGUUGGCUCUCCAUUCUAAUAGAUGUCUUAGUUUGUAAUUAUAGAUAAAAUGUUAUGUCUUGAUAUCUAGAAUUUCAGUUGGUCUUCUCUUCCUCACUCGUUCCUUCCCACAAUUUUGUUUCCUUAGCUGUACUUGCUAUUGAUGGAG